AUGCCAGUAACUCAAUUCAACGUGAUAGACCCAUACAAGUAUAUAAAUGGGUUCGGAGGGCAUAAAGAAAGUGAAGCAAUAGAGGGCGCCUUGCCGCUGGCAGCCAACUCGCCCCAGAAGUGCCCUUAUGGCUUGUAUAAUGAAAAGUUGUCCGGCAGUGCCUUUACUGCACCGAGAAAUGAAAAUCAACAAACUUGGCUCUACCGAAUUCUUCCUUCGGCUAGCCACCAAAGCUUCGAAUCCGUGCCCGACCAUGUCAAUCAGUCAUUAAUCCAUUCGAAGAGCUCGGGCUCCCAAUUUACCGUGAUUCCUAAUCAACUUCUCUGGGCUCCAUUCGACUUUGAUAGUGGAAGUUCAUGGGUAGACUCCUUGCACCUUAUCGCUGGAGCAGGAGAUCCGACCCUGAAGCAAGGCAUAGGGUAUUAUGUCUAUGCCCUUGGGCGGUCUAUGGACGAAAAGUCUGCUUUUUACAGUGCAGAUGGUGAUUUUCUGAUCAUUCCACAGCAUGGGACUCUCGAUAUUCGAACCGAGUUGGGGAAGAUGCUGGUGCGACCUAGUGAAUUCUGCGUUAUCCCACGGGGAAUCCGAUACCAUGUUGCUCUACAUGACAGUGAGCCGGCGCGUGGAUAUAUCCUUGAACUCUAUCAAGGCCACUUCCAGCUUCCCGAAUUAGGACCCAUUGGCUCGAACGGUCUCGCCAACGCCCGAGACUUUCAAACUCCAGUGGCAGACUUUAUUGAAGAUUAUGAGAAUACGGAAUGGAGCUUAUACGGCAAGUUCGGGGGCAACCUCUUUUCAGCUAAGCAGUCUCACACCCCUUUUGACGUAGUUGCCUGGCAUGGAACAUACUACCCAUAUAAAUACGACCUUGGGCGAUUUUGUCCUCUCAACGCAGUCUCUCAUGACCACAUUGAUCCCUCGAUUUUCACAGUCCUGACUGCACCAUCUAUUCCGCACGGACCCGGUACUGCAGUUGCUGAUUUUGUUUGUUUCGGGCCUCGAUGGAAUGUCUCUGAGAAUACCUUCCGGCCACCGUGGUAUCAUCGUAACACUAUGAGCGAAUUUAUGGGCUUAAUCAAGGGUAACUAUCCGGGCGACUUCCGGGCUGGUGGGGCUAAUCUGCAUAACACAAUGAGCGGACAUGGUGUGGAUACACAGACAUUCGAAAAAGCAUCGGGGAUGGAUUUGGUCCCAACCAAGCUCAUGCAGGGGUCUCUAUCGUUCAUGUUCGAGAGCUGCUUAAUGGUUGGCGUCACCGAGUGGGGACUAAAGACUGUCGCCAGCAAAGUGCACCAGGAUUAUAACAAGCAGACAUGGUCAACCCUGAAGAGGGAUGUGAAAUGGCUUGCGGCCGCAGAAUAUCCGGCCGAGCUCCAUGGUCACGCUUUCGGAGGGUAG